UUUUUCCUUGUUUGUGGAGUCCUACAUUUUUGGGUUUUUUUUUUUUUUAAAUUUCAAUAUUCUGCUGUGAUUUAUGGUUGGGUGGAUGAACGACCCCGGGCGGAGAAAACAUAGUUCUAAUUCAAGUCUUUGUUUUUUGCUCUGUUCUCUCUUUCUUUGACGUGUGCUGCUGGGCAACUCAGAAAAUUUAAAAAGGGUCUGCUUUAAUUCUCUCCGUAACUCUGUUCAUAUCACUAAUUGAGAUUUAGGAAGCUGGAAGCUUCGUUUCUUUGGUCGGAAAUUCUGGGAAGGAAAAGGAAGACCAAAUAUUAGCUGGGUGUUAGUCAAGCAAUAUCUACCAAUAAGAUUUGAUUGUUGCUGCGUCUCUGGUAAUAGAAACUUGUGGUCAAAAGAAAACAAAAAAAUCAGUAGUUGGAUUUGCAGAAAGCGAAAGGCGUCAUGCCAGGCUAUAUAAGCGGCAGAAAAAUCAUGAAUUAGACGCCAAAAACAAGCACCGCUCAAUUGAAUCUUUGUUUGUUAUACUUAAAUCCCUCGUGUUAGAUCCUGGUGGGAAGCAUAAUGGGGGUGGUUCGUCAUGCAUACUCAAAUGGAUCUGUCCAGAAUUGUAAUGGGUUGGAAGAGAAACUCGAUGAUCUUCGAGCGCUUCUUGGGAAAGCUCAUGGCGAUCCUCUGAGAAUUGUGAGUGUUGGAGCUGGUGCUUGGGGAAGUGUAUUUGCUGCUCUGCUUCAGGAUACGUACGGCCAAUUCCGGGAUAAGGUACAAAUCAGGAUAUGGAGAAGAGCAGGAAGAGCAGUGGAUAGAGCCACAGCAGAGCAUCUGUUUGAGGUCAUAAACUCGAGGGAAGAUGUGCUGAGAAGGUUGAUCCGACGAUGUGCUUAUCUGAAAUAUGUCGAGGCAAGACUCGGGGACAGGACUCUUUUUGCUGAUGAGAUUCUGAAGGAUGGGUUUUGCUUGAAUAUGAUUGAUACGCCACUUUGUCCCUUGAAGGUGGUCACCAACUUGCAGGAAGCUGUUUGGGAUGCUGAUAUAGUGGUCAAUGGCUUGCCUUCCACUGAAACCAGGGAGAUUUUUGAAGAGAUUAGCAAGUAUUGGAAGGAGAAAAUCACAAUGCCUAUUAUAAUCUCCUUGGCCAAGGGCAUAGAGGCAGCUUUGGAGCCUCUUCCCCAUAUCAUAACUCCUACAAAGAUGAUUAAUCAAGCGACUGGAGUGCCUAUGGAGAACAUACUUUAUCUUGGUGGUCCAAACAUCGCCUCAGAAAUCUACAACAAAGAGUAUGCCAAUGCUCGAAUAUGUGGAGCUGAGAAAUGGAGGAAACCUCUUGCUAGGUUUCUACGACAACCUCAAUUCAUUGUGUGGGACAACAGUGACCUUGUCACACAUGAAGUCAUGGGUGGCUUGAAGAAUGUCUACGCAAUCGGAGCUGGAAUGGUGGCAGCACUUACCAAUGAGAGUGCUACCAGCAAAUCUGUGUACUUCGCACAUUGCACAUCAGAGAUGAUAUUUAUCACUCACUUGUUGGCUGAAGAACCUGAGAAACUGGCAGGGCCAUUGCUGGCCGACACUUAUGUAACCUUGUUAAAGGGUCGCAAUGCCUGGUACGGUCAAAUGUUGGCCAAGGGUGAACUCAGACCAGACAUGGGAGAUAGCAUUACUGGCAAAGGAAUGAUUCAGGGUGUAUCAGCAGUGGAAGCAUUCUUUCAACUUCUAAGUCAAUCAAGCCUGAAUGUGUUGCAUCCUGAGGAAAACAAGCCCGUUGCUCCAGUGGAACUCUGCCCUAUUUUAAAAACACUAUAUAAAAUACUGAUAUUCAGGGAAGAGUCAGCACAAGCAAUUCUGGAAGCUUUGAGGGAUGAGAAUUUAAAUGACCCCCGUGAACGCAUUGAGAUUGCACAAAGCCAUGAUUUCUACAGGCCUUCUCUUCUAGGUCAAUCUUGACUAUUAAAUUCUCUCGCCCGAGAUAAUCCCCCGUGAGCGUUUGGUAUUCCAAUAGCAACUUCUUGAUGGAUUUUGUAUCGCAGUAUUAUUGCCCGUAUACUGUCACAAUACAUACAUUCCGCUUGGAAAAUUGUACUCAUGAUAGCUUCAAAACGCUACUUAUUUGGCACGAUAUACAAUACUGGGCAGGAUAUGAUCCCAUCAAAACUUACGCUUUAGUACUUUGUAUUGUUGCACAGGAAUGGAUUUUCAUAACAUGGUU